CACCGUGCGUGUGCUGCAGCAGUUGCAGAGGGCUUCCUAAUCAACGGAGUCAUUCUCCACUGGAGGGCGAGUGGUACAACAGCACCGGGACACUCCGGCAGCGCGGAGACAAGCGGAGCAGGCGGGCGGAGGGGACACGGGACAGAGCAACACCAGCUGGAAGACACCCAGACAGACACCCAGAGACAGAACACAUCCCAACCAGCACCCUGCAGAGCGUAUUUUCUUCACCCCAUCGGAUUAAACCCGCCCCUCCCGCCUCCAGCACCGACAAUCACGCCAAGACAUGAGCUUCUCCCACUGAACGUUAUUGAUGCUGAACUGAGCGGUCCAGUCCUGCAGUGUUUCCCCUCCCCUCAGCUUUCUGUCCCUCUGUCCGUCACCUGGUUUGUGAGCAGCCAUGACAAAAUCCUACGAAUUCAACUGGCAGAAGCACUUGCCGGAGUUUAUGCAGGAGGGCGCCUCCUUCGACAGGUUUGAUGAGGACCCGUACAUCUUUGAGCCCAACUGUCAGAUGACGGUGGACGAGUAUGGCUUUUUCAUCUGCUGGAAGAGUGAAGGAAAGGAAGGCCAGGUGCUCGAGUGUUCCCUCAUCAACAGUAUCCGUGUUGGUGGCGUCCCAAAGGACCCCAAGAUCUUGUCAUCAUUCGAGGCCCUUGGAAAGACGGAGGCCGACCUGGAGGGCUGCACCAUCUGCAUCUGCAGCGGCACAGACCUGGUCAACCUCAACUUCAUGUUCAUGGUGGCCGAGAACCCAGACACAGCCCGGAAGUGGAUCGAGGGUUUGAGGUCUGUGAUUCACAACUUUAAGGCCAACAACGUCUGUCCAAUGACCUGCCUCAAGAAACAUUGGAUGAGAAUGUGCUUCCUGACCAAUGUGAAUGGGAAGAUUCCUGUGAGAGGCGUUACUCGAACAUUUGCAUCUGGAAAAACAGAGAAGGGGAUCUUCCAGGCUCUAAAGGAUCUCGGCCUUCCUAGUGGAAAGAACGAUGAGAUCGAACCAGCAGAUUUCACCUACGACAUUUUCUACGCGCUCACACAGAAGAUUUGCCCUCGCACGGACAUAGAGGAACUCUUCAAGAACAUCAAUGGGAACAAAUCUGAUUAUUUAACCGUAGACCAGUUAGUCAGCUUUCUGAAUGAAAAUCAGCGUGACCCUCGGUUAAACGAGAUCCUGUUCCCGUUCUACGACCCCAAGAGAGCCAUGCAGAUCAUCGAGAAAUACGAGAGAGAUGAAGAGCUGAAGAAGAAAGGCUGCAUGUCAAGCGAUGGGUUCUGCCGGUACCUGAUGUCAGACGAAAACGCUCCAGUUUUCUUGGACCGGCUGGAGCUGUACCAGGAGAUGGAACAGCCGCUGGCCCACUACUUCAUCAGCUCCUCCCACAACACUUACCUGACAGGGCGACAGUUUGGAGGAAAGUCUUCAGUAGAGAUGUACCGGCAGGUCCUGCUGUCUGGAUGCAGAUGUGUGGAGCUGGACUGCUGGGAUGGGAAAGGAGAGGACCAGGAGCCCAUUAUCACUCAUGGCAAGGCCAUGUGCACAGACAUCCUGUUCAAGGACGUCAUCCAAGCCAUCAGAGACACAGCAUUUGUGACCUCGGACUAUCCUGUUAUUUUGUCCUUUGAAAACCAUUGCAGUAAACCACAGCAGUACAAGAUGGCCAAGUAUUGUGAGGAGAUCUUCGGUGAGUUCCUGCUCAAACAGCCUCUGGAAAACUACCCGAUUGAGUCGGGGCGCCCCUUACCCUCUCCAAAUGACCUCAAACGCAAAAUCCUCAUCAAAAACAAACGCUUGAAACCUGAAGUUGAACAGAAGCAGCUAGAGGCCUUUAAGAAACACAUGGAGGCAGGAGAGACCAACACCCCCGCCAUCAUUAUGGGAGAGGAGAAUGAAGAGGACACAGAGAACGGAGAGAAGGAGUCUGAGGAGAAGGAUUUGAUUUCAGAAGCCCCCAGCAGUCUGUCGGAGGCGACCACUGACAAAGAGGCCAAUAGUGUUUCCCAGAGUAACGCUGUCAGCAAGACGAAAGAGGAAGAACGCAGCAACAGUAUCAAGAAGUUGCCUGACGAUGAAGUGACAGAGAUGUCUGAAGCCACAGAAGCAACAGACGUCACAGAUAUCUCAGAAGCAUCCGACCAAGAUAACAACAAGAAGGUUGUGGAAGAGCCGGAGGACUCUGAAGAGGCUCUGAUAGCUCAGUACCAGUAUGUCGGAGCCACCACGAACAUCCACCCAUGGCUCUCAGCAAUGGUCAACUACGCACAGCCCGUCAAGUUCCAGAGUUUCGAUGUGGCAGAGGAAAGGAACAUCCACCAUAACAUGUCGUCUUUUAACGAGUCUGUUGGUUUGGGCUAUCUGAAGACCAAUGCCAUAGAGUUCGUCAACUACAACAAGCGUCAGAUGAGCCGUAUCUACCCCAAAGGGGGCCGGGUGGACUCCAGUAAUUACAUGCCUCAGAUCUUCUGGAACGCAGGCUGCCAGAUGGUGUCACUCAACUUCCAGACCCCAGAUCUGGCCAUGCAGCUGAACCAGGGAAAGUUUGAGUACAACGGCUCCUGCGGGUACCUGCUGAAGCCCGACUUCAUGCGGCGGUCAGACAGGAUGUUUGACCCUUUCUCAGAGACGCCUGUGGACGGAGUCAUCGCUGCAACCUGCAGCGUACAGGUGUUCUCUGGUCAGUUCCUGUCAGACAAGAAAAUCGGCACGUACGUUGAGGUGGACAUGUACGGUCUGCCGACGGACACCAUCCGCAAGGAGUUCCGCACACGUAUGGUGAUGAACAACGGACUGAACCCAGCCUACAACGAGGAGCCCUUCGUCUUCAGAAAGGUGAUCUUACCCGAUUUGGCAGUGCUGCGCAUCGGCGUCUAUGACGACAACAACAAGCUGAUUGGCCAGCGCCUCCUGCCUCUGGACGGCCUGCAAGCCGGCUACCGUCACAUCUCCCUGAGGAACGAGGGCAACAAGCCCCUGUCGUUGCCCACCAUCUUCUGCCAAAUCAUCCUCAAGACCUACGUGCCCGACGGCUUCGGAGCAAUUGUGGAUGCCCUAUCGGACCCAAAGAAGUUCUUGACCAUAGCAGAAAAAAGAGCCGACCAGAUGAAGGCGUUGGGGAUUGACACGAACGACAUAGCAGACGUUCCCAGUGGAAGCUCGAAGAACGACAAGAAGGGAAAGGGUAAAGGAGACACAGUGAAGACCAAUGUGACCCCGCAGGCCAGCUCAGACAUGGCCCAGACCUCCAACUCCGCCCAAAACAACAACGCAGAAACCAAGAAGGAUAAUGCACUCGUGCCUAAUGUCAGCAUUGAUGACUUAAAACUGAUGAAGACGUACCUUAAAUUGAUUAAGAAGCAACAGAAGGAGCUCAACUCUUUAAAGAAGAAACAGUCAAAGGAUCAAAAUACGAUGCAGAAAACCCACUGCAGCCAGGUGGACAAGAUGGUGUCUCAGCAUGAUAAGGAGAAGACAAACCUGGAGAAACUGUUAGAGAAAGCCAUCAAGAAAAGAGGGGAUAACAACUGCCAAGAGCUUAAGAAAGAGACCGAGGAUAAGAUCCAAACACUGAACGCCGAACACAAAGUCAAGGUAAAGGAAAUCACAGCACAGCACACUAAAGAGUGGUCCGAGCUGAUUAGCAGUCACAGCAGCGAGGAGCAGGAGAUGAAGGACAGCCACGUCACACAGCAGUGCGAACACCUCAAGAAACUCCUGACCACCGUCCAGGAGCAGCAGACCAUGCAGCUAAAACUCAUCCACGAACGGCAGAGCAAAGAGAUGCGUGCCAACCAGGCCAAGAUGUCCAUGGAAAACAGUAAAGCCAUCAGCCAGGACAAGUCCAUCAAAAACAAGGCAGAGAGAGAGAGGAGAGUACGAGAGUUAAACAGCAGCAACACCAAGAAGUUCCUGGAUGAGAGGAAGAGGCUGGCCAUGAAGCAUCAGAAGGAGAUGGAGCAGCUACAGAAAAACCAGAGAGAACAGUUGGACAAACUGGAGAAGUUCAAUGAGCAGCUUUUGAAAUCACACCAUGCAAACAAACAGGUUCAAGGCCAAGGACAUGCAGCAGAUGGUGAAGCUGGAGGAGGAGAUGGACCGCAGACCUGCCACGGUGGUGUGAGCGACUGAGACCAGAAGCACACACACACACACAUGUACACUCACAUACACACACACACAUGCAGGUGCAGCAAACACUCCACUGCAGAUAGCCCUCUACAACCCAGAGACAUUAACCCCGCCUGCAUCACUAUCUCUGUGCUUUUUUGUCAUUCUCACACACACAAACACACUGCGUAGCCCUCUCCACCACUUAGUUACUGCACCGUUACCCCAGCCACUAACUUUAUACCACUGAGCCACUGGUGCUUAUCACUGUUUGACAAGGGGUUAAACCACUGAGAGAGAGAGAAUCAGAUGAAUCCCCUCCUCCACUGGAUGUAGAUCUAGAUUUUCUAUCACCUUCAAUGUUCUCUGCAUCCUUCAGGCAACACAAGCUGCAGCUAUUGGUGGACACACACACACACGCACGCACGCAAACAACAGACGCAUUCAUUCACAGGAGGUGGAUUUUCCAUUUUUCCAUUUUUUUAAAUUAUUUCCUUGAAAAAAGUCGGUACCGGAUUAACCGCUCCAGAACUAGUGUGGAAGAGGGGAGAAGAAUAUGUUUAAGAUUUAAUGUCAUUUCAGCACAAAUGAAUUAAAAAACUUUGUGGAAUACACUGUAUGCUACACACCCGUCCUGUCCUGAGCACUUUGUAUGCGAUAGGCCAUCAUAACAAUGUGGGAAAAAAAUGUAGCAGUGCACUACUGUAGGUUUUCUGUAUUUCAGUAAGAAUGUAUUUUUAAAAAGAAUCACUGUAUGAAGGAGUGGCAAACCCCAGUGUCACCUGUACCUAACAAUGCAAGCUCUGUGACUUCUCAAAGAUGUAUUAUUGAUUUUAUUGUUGUUCGUGUAACAGCCAAAUAUAAAAAAAAAAAAAGAAAGGCUUAUUAUCUUGCUGAGUCAGAAAACUAUAAAGGGAUCAUGAUGGACAGUUGUUCACUUUUAUUACAGCCGCUUUUCCUGUCAAAUUUUGUUUUAAUUAUGAAGAAAAUACCCAAGAGAUUGUGUAACUGCAGUCCUAAACUUUUACUUGAAAGUAACAUGUGAUAGUCAUUUUGUGCUAAAUCAUCACACGUUUACGCCUGCGAAACUAAUUUAAUACUCCAUAUUUUGGGCUUAAAAUCAUGUAUACUAUGCAAUAAAAACAAACGCAUGAUUCCCUCAAAGUUCAAAAUGUACAAAAUACAGAAAAGAAGUGACCAAAAGGAGUAUAAGUAACAAUAUUACAGUAAUGUGGUUGCUUUUCACUGAUACAAUUGAUUACUACAAACCUAAUUGAAAAUAUGAUGAUAUACUAAAAGAGGACAGUUACCAGUAAACUAAAAGGUUAAGUUGGACUAAAUUAAACUUUUGCAUUAAGAGGUUAACUAAAUGAAUCCACUCUUGGCAGCACAGUAAUCCCACUGUAAUACAUUGUGUUAAUGGACCAGCCCAUCACUAUUAGACAAUGACAUUUUCAGACAGAAGUCGUACUCAGUGUCCCGCUCAUUAAAGGCGUUGUUGAAGUGAAGUGCUCCCUUAAUAGCUUCUUGACUGAACGACAGCAACCUCAGCUCGUAAUCCUCAUCGUUUCCCUGCUCGUCUUCGGUCCGGGGAUAUCAGACUGAAUAACAACAGAUUCAUAACCAAGCCUGUGACAUGGCUUAGCACACACUUUCCACACUAAGGGAUUUCAGACAGGGCCUGUACCCCAAAACAGGUUCCUGCUUAUGGCUAAAGAAAGCACUAUACCUACUCUGGUGAGAUAAACAGCCACUGCAGAGAAAGAAAUGUGCACUAUUAUGAAGUAAUCCUAUGGGUACUAGCAUUUGUGCACAUAUGAUCAUGCCAUGCAUUCACGUUGCAUGGCACAGCACUAACAAAGAAGCGACCAAAAGUCAUUUUUUUUAUUUUGGCCUUUGCUGAAGUUUUUUUUUCUGUAUUAUUCUGCUGUAACACACUUAAAGGGUAGACGGGAUGUUUGUUGUAUAUACUGGAAUGUAUGUAGUCUAAUGUACUUUUUGACCAAUUGUGUUCUGUCAUACAAGGGCUCAGGGGAUAGAGCGGGUCUGUUGGAUGUUGGGGGGGAAAGACAUUUAUCAACCACUGGGUUUUUGUUUUUGUUCUAUUCGUCUCUGUUUUCAGUCUGCCCUUACUGCACCACACGACACAGCAUAAAGCUCUCACCACAUAUCUAGUGCAGAGAUAAACGAGUAAAAAAGUGCUUUUAAAUUUUUUUCCAUCGCUUUCAAAUGUGCCACUCUCUGUCUGUUAGGAUGGUAAAAUUAUUUUAUGAAUGACAAAAUGCCAAAUUAAGGGGUUAUUUAUAUGAAGAUAUAUAUAAAUAAAUGAAUAUAUAUAUUAUAUAUAUUAGAUAUAAUGUGUAGUUUAAGAUUAUUAUGUUUGUUAGAGGCUUUUUUGCACUAGUUGAAUGUUUCUGUUGUGUGAUUACAUGUAACCUUUGGCUCUCUAGUUUGUCAGAAAAAGCCGGUUAUUUUUGCAGUGCAAGUCACCGAUUUGAUUUCCUCAGUUUAAACUGUAUCUCCUCUUUGUUUUCUAUUUGAACUGUAGCUUGUCAAACCAUUCUGUGCGUGUUUUUGUAUUUAUAUUGUAUUGUUGAACUUAAAGCAAUGAAAAUACUGUUGUUAUCCAGCUCCUUUAAUACUGUUUUAUAGUAUGUGUACCAAUAAAACCAGGUGUAAAA